UUAAGCAAAAGGGAAAAAAGCAAAAAGGUAGACGCGAAGACGAAGAAGCAAAAAUUGCGGAUGCGUCGGUAGCCGUUGCGACGCUCGCUCGGCAAAGCAGCGCUGCGAGCUCUCUCUCACUGCAUGAAAGCCCCAAGCCGGUCUGCAGCGGCCAAUAAUGCAGCUCGUAACUACUGGGCAGACUCGGUACUCGAGGCCAUCGUCGUGAUAGUCGUCGUAACUCGUUCGCAGCCGCAGCUCCCUAUCGCGCACAUAUACCCCCUCUUCUCGCAUCGACGACAAAGGCCUCGGGCGCCGCACCGCGCGGUGAUGAUGAUGCUCGGCUCGCAGCCAGCCCCAGAACCCCCCCCCCCCCCGGCCCCGCAUGUCGUGCCGACGGUUCCGGGGCGCGUGAUUGGGCGGCGCGAGACGGCCCUGCGCUGGAUCCCGGUCGCGGGCUUGCGUGGGCUAGGUAGGUCAGGUCGGAUCGAAGCGCGCACGGCUCCGCUGCGCUGGAGCGAAGGACUUGGUGUAAUUUUAAUUCUGGCGGAGGCGCGGCCUGCUUGCCUUUCUCAGGGCCGGUGAGGGAGGGGCGGUUUGGGGGCCGUUUAUGGGUGGUGUUUAUCACGGGUUAUGCGAUGCUUGUGUGGAUAUGGUGGUGAUGGUAGUGGUGAGCGAGGGUUGCGAGCGCUUGUUUGUCUGUCUGUCUGUCUGCCUGCGGGUUGGAGGUUCUGGAAGCGUGGCGGAAUAGCCACGGGCUAUGUUUG